AUGUCCCCUCUCGCAGGCAACGUCGUCCCCGUCGUCGACUUUUCCGAGUUCAUCAACCCUCCCAGUCCGGAGAUUAAGCAGGCUGUUGCAAACCGCAUCGUCAAAGCCUUUUGCACUGUCGGCUUCGUCUACCUCGUCAAUCACGGAAUCCCUCUAGAAUCCAUCGACGAGUGCUAUGACUGGAGCAAGAAGUUCUUCGCCCUUCCUGUGGAGGAGAAGAAAUUCUGUCUGCGUGUACAUCCUCCUACCGGGCCAUAUCAUCGUGGGUGGUCGGGUGUCGCCAACAGUGGCCCAGGGCCCGUAGUCCGCGAAGCGAUGGAGCUUUCGCGAGAUGACGUUCCCGCGUUCCCAAAUCGCUGGCCGUCCGAGUCCAGCCUCCCAGGGUUCCGCGCCUUCUGCCUGCAAUUCUUCUCCACUUGCCACCACACGCAGCUCCAGAUCCUGUCUGCUAUCGCACUCGGCCUUGGGUUGCCGGAAGAGUACUUCUCUCCCUACCACAGUGAAGCGGAGAACCAGCUGCGAUUCUUGUUCUAUCUCCCUGUGUCGGAGGAAGCGCUUAGGACACGCGAGGAGGAGAGGCUCGAUGCGCAUACGGACAUCAGGACUUUGACGAUGCUCUUCCAGGACGAGGUUGGUGGGCUGGAGGUAGAGGACCCAGGGAAUCCGGGCGUGUUCCGCGCGAGUCCACCUAUAAGGGGAGCCAUGAUCAUUAAUAUCGGUGACUUGCUCGCGAGAUGGACGAACGACGUUCUUCAUUCGCCGCUUCACAGGGUCACCGCACCCCCUCUCUCUUCAUCUUCCGAACAAGACGCUGGCAACCGCAACCGCAUGACGCCCCCGCGGUACUCCAUCCCUUACUUUGCGACGCCCAACCUGGAUGCGGUUAUCGACUGCGUUCCUGGGAGCUGGGGAGAGGGCAAGAUGAAGAAAUACGAGCCGAUCAGUGUGAGAGAUUACAUCAAUAUGACUGUCAGUUCUAAGCAUAGGGGUUACAACUAUGUCAAAUGA